AUGGGAAAGCAUAGGUUAACGGUUUAUAUAGAAGUAUUAAAUGAAAUGGCAAAUGCUUGUAACAAGUAUGCUAUAUGUAGAGCAUGUAAGACAAGAGUAUCCCGCGAAUAUGCCUAUGCAAAUAAAAUAGUAAAUACAAAAAGGUGUGUUAAACGACAUCUUCAAAAAUGUGAGAAUUUUUUUGCAAUUCAAGGUAAAGAAAAAGGUGAUGAAAUACUAAAUAAUACAGAUAGUGAGACUACUAAAGAAUGUCAGAAAGCAAGUUUGAAAAAUAAAAAAAGACCUCGAUUAUCCGAAGAUGUAACUGAACCUCAAGAUUUAAAUGAUAAUGAAAUAGAUGAAGAAAAUGACAGUUUUUUUGAUGAUAGUAUGUCAAUCAUUACUGUAGACUCCACAAAUUCUAGUAUUCAACGCGGUCCGAUAGAUAAAUUUGCAAUUCGAAAACCAUCUAAAUCACAAGAACGAAAAUGGUGGUAUGUGGUCUUAAAAGCAACAAUUUCUAAUGGGUGGAGUUUCCGUUGGGUAGAAAAUAAAGAUUCUCAAGAAAUGUUUACAUUUCUUAAUCCAAAUUUAAAACUUCCAACACGAAAACGAUUAAGUGAAGAAAUUGAAAAUGAAGCAAAUACUAAUAAUCUAAAAAACUGGGAAGCUAUAUUAAGUUUAUGGGAUCGUAUGUUAGAAGCAGAAAGUAAAGCUAUUAUAGAAGCUGAAAAUGAUAAUAUAAAUUUAAUUAAUGAUAGUUUUUAUGAUGAAUCAGCUACUAGUUUUCUUACAAAUCGUAUCCAUCCUCAAAGAGAUAAUAAUGCGAAAUGGAUGUUAGAUAACUUGUUUAUUGUAAAUCUGGGGCCUCCUAAUUAUAUUGAUCAGCUUUAA